CUUCCAUCCAAUCCUCAUAUCGCCGACCCACCACAAUGCCAGGCAUUUUCAACCACCAGUUCGCCACAGACCUCUACAAGGGUGCCGUAGCGGUGAACACUGGCCUAUUCAUCAACGGACAAUUCGUCGACCCCGUUGACAGCGAGACUAUCGACGUUUUCAAUCCCGCGGACGGCAGUGUGAUCACAAAGGUUUCCGCUGCGAGCGCAAAGGACGUCGACAUCGCCGUCAAAGCUGCCAAGGCCGCUUUCAAAACCUCCUGGGGCCUCAAGGUGCCGGGUUCCGAGCGUGGAAAGCUUUUGAACAAGCUCGCAGAUCUUCUCGAGAAGAAUGCCGAUACGUUUGGAGCCAUCGAGGCUCUCGAUGCUGGCAAAUCCUUUGUCCACGCGAAGCACCUUGACGUUACGGACGCUGUCGGAAACUUGCGCUACUACGCCGGCUGGGCAGACAAGAACCACGGUAAGACCAUUGAGACAACUGAGGCCAAGUUCGCUUACACCCGGCACGAGCCCAUCGGUGUCGUCGGCAUGAUCGUCCCGUGGAACUUCCCAUUGAUGAUUGCCGUCUGGAAAAUCGCUCCCGCGCUCGCAACCGGCAACACCAUCGUCCUCAAGCCAUCCGAGGUGACACCGCUAUCUGCACUCAAGCUCGCCGAGCUCGUCAAGGAGGUCGGCUUCCCUGAUGGUGUCUUCAAUGUUGUGACAGGCCACGGCGCAGUCGCGGGCCAGGCGAUUACAGACCACCCGCUGGUCGGGAAGGUAUCGUUCACUGGCAGCACCAUCGUCGGCCGCAAGGUCAUGGAGACUGCGGCGAAGACGAAUCUGAAGCGCGUGACGCUGGAGCUUGGGGGCAAGAGCCCGACGCUCAUCUUCGACGAUGCGAAUCUUGAACAGACUGUCAAGUGGGUCUGCGGAACCAUCUUCCACCACAGCGGCCAGAUGUGUGCCGCCGGCUCGCGCAUCUUCGUCCAAGAGGGCAUCUACGACAAAUUCCUGCAACUCUUCGCUGGCGCAGCGGCGUCGAUCAAGCAGGGUGACGGCUUUAAGGCAACGACUCACCAGGGCCCUGUCGUCUCCAAGACGCAGCUCGACCGCGUGCUCGGCUACAUCGAGUCCGGCAAGCAGGAGGGCGCGCGCGUCGUCGCUGGUGGCUCGCGUGGCGAAGGAUCGGGCUACUUCGUGAAGCCGACGAUCUUCGCUGAUGUGAAGCCAGACAUGAAGAUUGUGCGGGAGGAGAUCUUCGGACCUGUUGGCGUCGUGAUCAAGUUCAAGACCGAAGAGGAGGCGAUUGAGGCUGCGAAUGACACCGAUUACGGCCUGGCGAGCUUCGUGUUCACUGAGAAUCUUAGCCGCGCGAUCCGCGUCUCGAACGCGGUUGAGGCAGGCAAUUGCUUCGUCAACCAGGCUGCUCUGCUCUGCCCGCAGGUGCCGUUUGGCGGCUACAAGCAGUCGGGUCACGGCAAGGAGAUGGGAGAGUAUGCUCUCGAGAACUACACUCAAGUCAAGGCUGUCCACAUCAACCUGGGCCUCAAGCUGUAAGAGCGUAUGGGCGACAUACCGACAAAAGCACUUGUAGUUUUAAGCGACUUGUAGAGGAAAUCAGAUCCCGUGUCAACAGCUUCGACUG